CUAAAGAGUCACAAAACAGAGCCAGCGCCUGCCUCAGAGCAGCAGCAGCACCGUGGCUGCCAAGGGUUUCUCUGGCCAUUAUUUCUCCCUCGGGUCUACAGCAUGGGAAAUAUCUUUGCGAACCUCUUCAAGGGCCUUUUUGGCAAAAAGGAAAUGCGCAUUCUCAUGGUGGGCCUGGACCGUGCUGGGAAGACCACCAUCCUGUACAAACUGAAGCUGAAUGAGGUCGUGGAAACCAUGCCCACGAUAGGUUUCAACGUGGAGACUGUGGAGUAUAAGAACAUCAGCUUCGUCGUGUGGGACGUACAUAGCCAGAACAAGAGCCGGGUUUUUUGGAGCCAAUACUGCCCAGGCAGACAUGGCCUCAUCUUUGUGGUUGACAGCACUGACCAAGAACGCAUGGAAGAGGCCAGACAAGAGAUGAUGCGGAUGAUGACAGAGCUCAAGGAUGUUCUCAAGGAUGUUGUCCUGCUAGUGCUUGCAAACAAGCAGGACCUCCCCAAUGCCAUGAGCACAGCUGAGAUCACAGACAAGCUGGGCCUGCACUCUCUGCACCACAGGAACUGGUACCUUCAGGCCACCUCUGCCAUCACUGGGGCUGGGCUCUAUGAGGGACUGGACUGGCUGGCCAAUCAGUUCCAGAACCAGAACUGAGCCACACUCCUCUCUUCCCCCUCACUCCCUCCUCCACCCUUGCUUUCCUGUCCAUGUGGCAGAUGUAUCCCUGUGGUGUGAGUGCCAGAAGCUGUCCCCAUGGUUGGUCUCAGUGUGCUUCAUCAUGCUGUGCAUGUGCAGAUGCAGCCUACACCCGGGUUUUUAUCUAAAUAAUUCUUGUUUCUGGUACUCA